AUGGGCUGCAUUCCUGCAACUGAAUCGUCAACUCCCGCUUUUCCUCCUGUGACCAAUGUUUUCACCGUGACUCCGUGGGACUCUUUGUUUUCUUCGGCUUGCUACUCGCCAGCUUCAGUCCGCAUUGAUUCGCUCGAGGACACUCGAUCCGCCUCAUUGCUGUGGUCCGGUGCCUCUGUCUGCGAUUUGUUUUGGGUAGGGGUGCAGGACAAAAUGUUCGACACAAUCCACCGACCAUCCUCCGCUCAGCGUCUGGCGCACCAAAUGGAGCAGCUGAACCAACGUUCUGCUCCAAAUUGUACAAUGGAAGACCUAUCAGUUGGCGACGUGUUUACCCCCCAGAUGGACAUUGAGCCGGAAAACGAAGGAUUCAAGGAUAACACUGCACACGGACUUGGACACGCGCAACACGAUGUGACUCUUGCACCAAAUCAUACAGACUUUCUUACUGCUGAACCUCAAGUCUUACAGCUUCAUGAGAAAGCAGCGACCCGCAUAAAAAAGAAGAAAGGAAGACGUGUGGCCGACGUGGAAGUUGGGCGCGGUACUCCGGCUCUGUCUACAGUUCGAGGGUUCACUCCCAUGGCGUCUGGCGAUGAAGACUCCGACAUGUCGACUGCUGGGUCCCGGGUUAUGUCGCCGCAACUCCAUGCUGUCCCUCCCGCGAACAUACCAAAUGGAAUCAGCGCCCUGAAAUUGCAGCUUGAUGCACUGAGUCUAUCCGAGAAAAUGCCUCGCUCGGGUGACUCUGUUAUGUCGAGCAAUGCUAGUGUAUCUUCUGAUAGUGACCGUACCGAAGUCAUGACCAGUUAUGAGGUCCCUCUCGAGCAUGAUUUUGUUAGCGAGGAAGCUGCCGCGGAAGAGAAGCUGUCCACUAGUAACGGAAACAAUUUACAGAGUGACGUGUGCAGGAAAAUGACCAGCCGUGAUUUUGAACAACUCAUGUGUCUCGGAAAGGGCACUUUCGGAACGGUCCUCUUGGUGCGCCACAGACCUACUGGGCGUCUGUAUGCUCAGAAACAAUUCCGCAAAGCUUCUAUCACCGUGCACAGAAAGUUAGUGGAGCAGACCAAGACAGAACGUAUGAUCCUUGAAAGUGUCAAUCGUCACCCUUUCGUCGUCAAGCUCUAUUACGCCUUCCAGGAUCACGAAAAACUGUACCUUAUCCUGGAGUAUGCUCAAGGCGGCGAGCUGUUCACUCACCUCGCUGCUGAACGCAUGUUCAGCGAAGAUGUUGCUGCUUUUUACAUGGCCGAAAUGGUUCUUGCGCUUGAACAUCUUCACCAGAACAUUGGUGUUGUAUACCGAGACUUGAAGCCGGAAAAUUGUCUCUUGGACUCCGAAGGUCACUUGCUACUGACAGAUUUCGGAUUGAGCAAAGUUGCAGUUAGCGAUGACGACCGUUGCAAUUCAUCCCUAGGCACGAUCGAGUACAUGGCUCCUGAAGUUAUUCAGCGCAAACCCUACGGCAAGGCCUGUGACUGGUGGUCUCUGGGCGCUCUGGGAUAUGACUUAUUGACCGGUUCCCCGCCCUUCAAGGCCAACAAUCAUGCGAAGAUCCAGGAGAAGAUUGUCAGACAGAAGCUGGUACUGCCUUACUAUCUCGGACCCGAUGCGAAAGAUCUACUCAUUCGACUACUCCGCAAAGAGCCACAGAAGCGACUAGGCUAUCAUAUGCCAAAGGAUUUGGAUAUCAUCAAGAAACAUCGUUUCUUCCGGAAGAUCGACUGGAAAGCGCUUGCUCGACGCGAGUUGGAAGCACCGAUCCAACCUCUCAUCACCGAUCCUGCUCUCGCGGAGAACUUCUCUACCGACUUCACGGGAUUGGCGCUGAGCCCAGCUCUGACAGACGAUGUCCACAUUGGCGAUAUGUUGAAGAACGCCGGGAUUUCUGGCGAUCCUGCUAGCGGCGUGAAUGAAGCCGAUCCUUUCCAUGGCUUCAGCUUCGUUGCGUCGAGCAGUCUUCUGAACAGUGGAUUCGGCCUCGCCACGUGAUUGAGCGCUUUUCAAAAGUGAUUUGGUUUACUCUUUGCCUUGAAGUAUAGCUUUCAGACUGCUUGUGGUUAUUUUGUUUUCUGUAUAAGCCUCGCUUCCCUUUUUGAAUCUGUCGUAACUCUUAGCUAUCAUAAAUAGAAUAUACAUACAUCUACAGAA